CUCCCCAUUGAACUUGCUUGUGCGGAGCCGAGCCACAUUUUCAACAAGCUUUACCAGCCGGGGGAACCGCUGAUCAAUUCUAAGUCCAACAGUAACUGGCCCGCAGAAACCCUCUUUGCGGUAUGAGCAGCAUGCUUCAGGAGAUCGUGGGCUUUAUAGUCAGCACCUCAGGGUGGGUGCUGGUUUCCUCCACCCUGCCAACGGACUACUGGAAGGUGUCUUCACUUGAUGGAACAGUCAUCACCACUGCUACCUACUGGUCCAAUCUGUGGAAGGCUUGUGUCACCGAUUCAACAGGAGUCUCCAACUGCAAAGACUUUCCCUCCUUGCUGGCUCUGGAUGGUUUCAUCCAGGCCUGCAGGGGACUGAUGAUUGCCGCCAUCUGUCUGGGUUUCUUCGGUUCCAUAUUUGCCCUCGUUGGAAUGAAGUGUACCAAAAUCGGAGGAACGGACAAAGUCAAAGCGAAUAUCGCCUGCUUUGCUGGAGUUAAUUUCAUUCUUAGUGGCCUCUGCUCGUUGUCGGCGUGUUCCCUUUACGCACAUCGGAUAACAUCAGAGUUUUUCGACCCAAUGUAUAUUGCACAGAAGUACGAACUGGGAGCUGCUCUUUUUAUCGGCUGGGCAGGUUCAGUCCUCUGUAUCAUCGGAGGCAGCGUUCUCUGUUUCUCCAUCGCAGAUUCCUGCAGCAAAAGCCGCAGUCAGGUGAAAUAUAUCUACAGAGGUGCACCCUCACACUCUCAUAUCUCAUCUCACCCAAGAGGGCAGGCCACCUCUGUAAACCAGAGGCUGCCUCCAGACUACAGCAGCCCCCCUGGGAGUCAGCACUUUGAUAAGAAUGCAUAUGUUUGAAGAAUGUGAAUAUGAAACACUAUUAGUUGAAGCCACUGGUGAGUCGAAUAUAUAUAUAUAUAUAUAUAUGUAUACCAGGUCCUUGGGACAUGAACGAAAGUUGAUGGUUUGUCUACCAUCAGCAACAUUUGCUGAUAUUCAUCUAUGACUCACCAGGAAUUAAGUUAAACACAUUUGUGUUUCUUCCAGGUGUAUAUUAGUUCAAAGGUAUAUGACAUUUUACUUAGCUGGGAAUUUGCUAUUUUCCAUAACGUUUCUGCAUUUCUGUUUUUACCAGGCCUACAUAUUGCUGUACACUAAAUACAUUUUUAGUUAAGCCACAUUAAUAAAAAAAUGCCUAUUUUGCAAUCCCUGGUUCCACCCCAUUGUCUGGAUCCGCCUCAAAACAUAAAAUUGUACAGUAAAUGCGUUCGGAAGUUCUCACGCAAUCCUCGUAACAUUCAAACAAACCGAUAAACAACUUCCUUGGCAGAGAUAAAAAAUAAAGAUGUGUCUUAUAAUUAGACAUCCAAGAAUCCAAAGCACUUGUAAUGCCUGCAUCAUUUUCUAUUGUGGUAGUUUUGUAGGACAUUUCCUUUGGUGGUUGGACCUUGUAGCUGUAAAUGACCUGUGCAUGCAAAAUUGUUUUUUGUAUGAUUUUAUAUUAAGUAAAGUUAUUGUUUCUGUGAGCGUGAAGAGAAUUAUGAGCAGUCUCAAAG